AUAAUUGGCUCCUGCUCCUGUGUCCUUUCCGGCUUGGUAUUUUCACACGCUAAUUAUUAUUUACAUCGCGGACAGCCGAGCUUUUUGAUAAGCAAAUGUGUUACUCACUCGCACAUGGGGUGGUGUUUGCCCAGACGGUCUGCGAGGGUCAUGUGGAAGCGGUGUGAGUGCUAUGGGGGGCGGUCCGCUAAUAAUAGUCAAAUAUGGGAGCGCAGUAUUUGUUUGGUGUCGAAUAUGGCGUUUUGCAAUUUAAGGUCCUGUAUGUGGCCACUUGGGAACAGUUCUCGCCCGGAGGUCCUACUGCUAGUGUUCCUCGUCGUAAAAUACCAUGGAGAUAUCCCAGCCCAGCAUCGGCAUCUUCUACGUCAGCAAAGUCCUAGCCCUGGCUCCAUAUGCUACUGCCCGGAACUCCAAGGGCCAAGUGGAAAUCGGUCGCAGUUGGCUCUUCACGGUAUACUCGGCCACGUUAACGGUGGUCAUGGUUUUUCUCACCUAUCGGGGACUCUUGUUCGAUGCCAACUCCGAAAUACCAGUGCGUGCAUCUUUUAGAAUGAAGUCGGCAACGUCGAAGGUGGUGACGGCCCUGGACGUUUCUGUGGUUGUCAUGGCCAUUGUAUCCGGUGUUUACUGUGGUCUUUUUAGCCUUAACGACACUCUCGAGCUCAACGAUCGCCUAAACAAGAUCGAUAGUACUUUAAAUGCGUACAACAACUUUCGAAGAGAUCGAUGGCGAGCCUUGGGAAUGGCUGCCGUCUCCUUGGUGGCCAUUUCCCUUCUGGUCGGCCUCGAUGUCGGGACGUGGAUGCGCAUUGCCCAGGAUAUGAACAUUGCUCAGUCGGAUACGGAGCUCAAUGUGCACUGGUACAUUCCCUUUUACAGUCUCUACUUCAUACUCACGGGCUUGCAAGUUAAUUUUGCCAACACGGCUUACGGACUUGGCAGGCGCUUUGGACGCCUGAAUCGAAUGCUUUCGAGCAGCUUUCUUGCAGAGAACAACGCAACCAGUGCCAUUAAAACCCAAAAAGUCAGCACCGUCAAGAACAUAAGCUUAAAUCGCCCUUCAAUGCCAUCGGCACUCCAUGCGAGCCUGACGAAGCUGAACGGCGAAACCCAAGCCAGCGAAUCCACAGGUGACAAGGCAGCCGCCCGCAGUCUAAUCCUCAACGUGGAGUUACUCAAAUUGGGAUAUUUUCCAGCCAAAAACAAGGGGUUGCUCCUGAAAUCUCUGGCGGACAGUCACGAGUCGCUGGGAAAGUGUGUCCAUCUCUUGUCCAACUCCUUCGGCAUUGCGGUUCUCUUCAUCCUGCUGUCCUGUCUACUGCAUCUUGUAGCUACGGCCUAUUUCCUCUUUUUGGAACUGCUCAGCAAGCGGGAUAACGGGUACCUGUGGGUGCAGAUGCUCUGGAUUUGCUUUCAUUUCCUGCGAUUGCUCAUGGUGGUGGAGCCGUGCCACUUGGCUGCCCGAGAGUCCCGCAAAACGAUCCAGAUUGUUUGUGAGAUCGAGCGGAAAGUGCACGAGCCUAUCCUCGCGGAGGCGGUUAAGAAGUUUUGGCAGCAGUUACUCGUGGUAGAUGCUGACUUCUCCGCCUGUGGAUUGUGUCGCGUUAACCGCACCAUUCUAACAUCGGUAAUGAUUUGUACUAUCAUAAAUAAUAUCACCGUAUUAUUCUUUUGUUUUCUGUUUGCAGUUUGCAUCGGCCAUAGCCACCUAUCUCGUAAUUCUCAUUCAGUUUCAACGGACCAAUGGGUAAUGUUUUUAGAUAUACAAAAAGUGGCUUUUUUAUUAACACUAUUAACUAAACGGAGUUCUUGGAUAUCAUGAUCUGUUAAAGUGUCUAUGUGCUUGAAUUAGGUUAGCAAACAAUAAAAAGCAAACGGGUUAUUUUUCUUAGAACUUGCUAAAAUUCACACACUCAUAUCAUCAUCCAUGAUCCCUUCCUCAUAUU